AAUGCGGAUCCGAGACCUUUGAGCGGAUCGACAUCGCUCCUACGGACGGACUCCGCGUGGAGGCUGCCGCUCGAGUCGGCUUGACAUUCCGAGACAUUCAAUCGGUUUUUUUUCAAAGCUGAGCACUGGACAACCGCAGGGUCGCAAACGCAAAAUGCUGCUACGGAAGGACUCCACCUCGAGGAGUCUCUCAGCCGUCUUGAUGUCCGUGUUGAUUGUCGGGAGUCGCUCGUUUCCAGCUCCAGAAUUCCCGACUGAAAUCGAAACAGUGGAAGACAAUAGUGACACGAGACCUCCAACCGUAAAUACACCCGAAGAAUCCGCAGCGAAGCAGACAUCGUCGGAGGAACCGCGCAGAAUCGCUCUGCGUGAACAGCCGAUCCCCCAGGUCUUGAAAUUCGAUUACUAUGACUAUCAACAGCUGCCCAACGACCCAGAUGACGAGAUGCCCGCGCUCCCCGACCACGUUGUGAACGUAAAUGAAGAUUACGCGGGAAUCUACGACUAUCGCGGCUCGCGAGACGGUCGCUUCCGGAGGAAAAGAACAUUGACCACCAAUGUAGAGCAGCUGCUGACUCGGUCAUCGCGCAUACGUUCAAAACGAAGCGUUUCAGAGAACUCCUUCGACGAGAGCGCUGUCGGAUCGCCUGCGGAACAAGCCGAGAACCUCGUCACGCUCUUAUCUGCGAUGCAGGAUUCAGACCCUGAGUUUGAUGCGUCGGAGUUCCUCAAAGUUCUCGACGCUCAGUCCGUUAGUGAACAAGAUUUGGAAUACCUUCUGCUCUUGUCUACUCUGGCAUCUCAGAAAGAUGCGGCGAUUCCUGAAGAGUUCCGAGACUUCCCUCGGAACCGACUCCGGCUCGCUGCAGCCAGGGCUUGGGAGCAUCCGCGAAAGAACGAGAACGACCCGUUCCGAUCUUCCCCGCUCGUUGUGAUGGAUGAUGGCGAGAGAGAUCAGAUAUUAGCUGAAGAGAUGGAGCGCGCGAAAGUGCCUCAAAGAAACGGCGCUCCCAGAAUUUACGCUAUCUCGUCACUUCACUCGGCAAGGGGGCCGUCUGCGGGGAUCGCAAUGUGA